UUUGGUACAAUUUCCAACAAACGCCACGCUUAACAGUAACAUAGGAUGCGUUUCUGUCUUGUCUCGGUGAGAGAGAGAGAGUGAGGUCCGAGUGUGAGAGAGGAACAGACGAACAGUACCCAGAAUCCAGAUAAGAGGAAGCAACAUGGGAAGACCCACUGCGUGUUUCAAGAUAAUCACAUGCGGCAGCGAUUCAGCUCAGAGAGACAAAGAUGAUCUGGACUUCUCCGAGAGCAAAGGCACUAGUGAUAAGCGUGGGUGGAGCUUUCGGAAAAGAUCUCCCCGGCAUCGAGUGCUAAGCAACAAUGUGAUCUCAGAAACCCUUUCUUCUGGAAACAAGGACAGCCCACAAUCUGCUAAUUUUAGUUUCCAGCCAGCAUAUACCUCUACCAUUGAAGAAAAAAUAUCUGCGAUCCAAUGCACUGAUGAGAAACCCCAGUUGCCACUGUUAGUGAAUGCAAAAGGAUCUGAGACGAUUGCUGCCUCCAACAAUGGAAUUGAAGUCGAGGUCAAAGUGGAGGAAUCUGUUGUUAUUCUUAUCCAGGCUGUUAUCAGGGGGAUCUUGGCUCAAAGAGAACUCCUAAAGCUUAAGAAUGUAGUGAAGGUGCAAGCUGCUGUACGUGGGCAUCUGGUUCGAAGGCAUGCCGUAGGAACACUGCGCUGUGUUCAAGCCAUUGUGAAAAUGCAAGCUCUUGUUCGUGCUCGUUUGUCUCUAGGAGGAUCUGAAAGUAUGGUGGAUGAGAAGCAUCCAAAAGAUUGCAAUGGCUUAAGGACCCAGGAGGAAAACUUGGGGAAAAAACCAAGUGUGAAAUAUGUAUCCAUUGAGAAGUUGCUUCGCAAUCAGUUUGCUCGCCAGCUAAUGGAAUCGAAUGCUAACUCCAAGUCUAAGCCUAUAUUCAUUGAGUGUGAUCCUGCAAAAGCAAAUUCUGGUUGGAAUUGGAUGGAAAGGUGGAUGUCUGUUGCAUCGCCAGCACAAACACCAACAUCAAACUCAGAGAUAACUACCGAGCAAGGGGAGACGGAGAAGCAUGGAAAAUAUUCCUCGUCUUUGGAAACUAGAACUUCAUCUGAAGGUUUUUGUGAGCGAGUAGACACGGCUGUACCAUCAGAGACUGAAGAGAAUCGUUUCACCUAUGGGGUAGACAACAUUAAACAGGCAUGUAAUCCCACUCAGUACGUUCAAGAUAGAUUGGAGCAUUCUCUUCCUGAUAAGACAUCAACAUUUGAUGUCGAGGGCUCCAUGGCAAACAAUAAUUUUCUUACAGAUUGCACUAUGGAAUCUGAUGCAAAAUUUCAGUCGAAGCUCGAUUCUCGUCAUAUUAAGUCAGAGAGAGAAAUUGAACAACCAAAACAUUCCUUGAGAAGGGAUGCCUCUGAACAACUUGAGCCUGAGGGAAAGAAGUUUGUAUCUGGAUCAAGAAAGGGAAGCAACUCUGCUUUUGUUGCUGUGCAGUCCAAAUUUGAGGAGUUGAGUUCAGCUGCCAAUUUGGACACAUCUAUGAGUUCAUCCUAUAAAGAUGUUGGGGUUGAAUCAAGCAUGGACACAAUUUUGACUGGUGAAGAUACUGUGACUAGGGCAAAGGAGAAAAUAGUAGAAGAAAAUUCAGUUGCUCAUAAUUCAAGGGUCCAAUAUGAUGGAUCUGAAUGUGGCACGGAACUUUCUAUUUCUUCUACUCUUGAUUCACCUGAAAGGUCAGAAGUUGGAGCUGCAGAAUGUGAAAAUGAAGCUGGAGUUGCAUUGGAAGAAACUUGCAAUCUCCCAAGCAGCAUAAGCAAUCUACAUGUGAAAGCCAACCACACAUCCCUCUUUUUGGCUUCUAAUCUGUCUCAGCUGGCUGAUAAUCCAGAGAAGGUUGAUGAUACCAAAGGUGAAGCACCCGAUUUAAGUGUGGCUGCAGCCCAACCACUGGUAGAGCAGAAGAAAGAAAGAAGUGUUUCUGAUAUUCCAGAAGAGCUGAACUCGGGGAAAGGUUGUCAAGCAUGUGUUUCAUCUCCAGAAGCUUCUCCCAAAAGCCAUAUGACUGUCACCGAAUCACAAGGGACGCCUUCUAGUCAGGUAGAUGUGAAAGCUAAAAGGAGUAGAACUGAUAGGAGUGGCUCCAGCCAGAAGAGCAAAUCCUUUUUAGUGGGUAAGAGAUCUCCAUCAAACGCAAACCCUGUCUCCGGUGCUAGAAAUGGUGUGGAACAGUUGCCCAAAGAUCAGAAGAAUGGGAAAAUACGCAAUUCAUUUGGUGCAUCUGAUAAUUUUGAUCAAGAGCCAAGGGACAGUAGUAGUAGCAGUAACUCUAUUCCUCGUUUCAUGCAAGCCACGGAAUCUGCAAGAGCCAAGCUCAAUGCUAAUAACUCUCCUAGAUCAAGUCCAGAUGUGCAUGACAGAGAUUACAUCAAGAAGAGACAUUCCUUACCUGGUGCAAGUGGAAAACAGGAUUCUCCUCGUAUUCAGCGGUCGACUUCUCAAGCACAGGCAGGUGCAAAAGGAAAUGAGAGAAAAUGGCAGAGGUGAAGAGAUAUUUAUACUACCUCAAAUUGAAACAAUCAGAGGUGCCACGGAGGAAUUGGACCGGUCAUGUGGAAAUCGACAGUGCGUUUUGGAUUGCUGGAAGGUUGGCUGAGAUUUUUGAUAUCAAUCUUUUGGCUCUUGGAUGGUGUGCUCUAUUUGUUUUAUGCAUGGAUUUAACAUUUGGCAUGGGGAUAUAUAUUUGAUCCAUGUAGAUAUAUAACAAAGAAACUCUAUUGUUUAUCUCCUGCUGGAGGGUUGAGUACUUGAGUUUGUCCGUCUGUUUGUUUGUUUGAGGGGAUGUUGUGUGAUGUUAUUAAGGCUGCUUGUUACAUGUGGGUGGUUUGUCUAUCUGAAUGUUGAGAGUUUAUAUAUGAAGUGGAUGGCAUUCAGAAUGCUGUCACCUGACGGGUUUGUGUAUU